ACUUGAUGAACUACUUUUAAACCUAAGCCUAAAUGUAAGUGACCAUUUUAGUCAUUAUCUUUAGCAGCCUUUGAUUUUCUCUUUUCGGUUGUCUUUUCUGUUCGCGAAUUUGCUUUUGUUACAACUAACAAAGAACUCCCGCGCAGGAACCCUUCCACCGACCACUAUAAACCCUUAGAAUCCAAUCGAAAAUGGAAAAAUCGAACGUCUCAGACUCAGAAUCUGAAGAGAGAAACUCAGACUCAAAGGAUUCCCCGGUGGAACCCCAAGGAACUGGAAAACUCACUGACUAUGAGAAACAAAGAAUGAAGAGAAUCGAAGAAAACAGAGCAAGAAUGGAGGCUAUGGGUCUGCAAAAAAUGGCAACUUCUUUGAUGGGUUCUUCCCAAAAAACCCAGAAGAAAGGCAAGGACAGAAAGGGGAAAAAGAAGGUGAUUGAUGAAGAUGAAGAUUACGAGCCAGAAAAAAGUGAGGACCUUUCUUGUGAUACAGGUGAAGAUGAUGACGUGGAUUUUGAAGUUUCAAUGUUGAAAAAGUCAAAGGAAAAAAAUCAAAUUCCUAAGAAGAGAGUUUCUAACACUACGGUGCCAACUGACCCGGAUUUUGUCGACGAUGAUGUCGCCUUAAUGCAGGCUAUUGCUUUGUCACUACAAGAUUCUGCAGGUUUUCUGAAUCUUGCAGAUAUAGUGCCUAUGCAAGGCACUGAUGCCGAUUCCACUAAAUCAGACAGCAGCCAAAAGGCUUCUUUGAAAAAGGUCAGUAACGAAAAAGCUUCUUUGAAAAAGGCCAGUAACGAAAAAGAAGUAGGUACCUGCAAUCAGAAAGAUGCUACUGGUAAAAGGAAGAGAAAACAACAGCAGACAAGAAAUCGAGUGCAGAUGACUGAGGAUAACUUGAUUAUGCAUUUCUUUCAGUUUGAUGAAGCUGGAAAAGGGAGUAUAAGUUUCAGAGAUCUACGGAAAAUGGCAGUUUCCCAUGAUUUUACAUGGUCAGAUGAGGACAUGGCAAAUAUGAUUCGUUGUUUUGAUUCUAAUGGAGAUGGAAAGAUAUCGGGUAACUAUGUACACCAAGGCGUGGACAAAUAGAAGAAAUCAUCUAGUGUUUUUUGCCUCCACUGGAUUUGAAUUUGAGACCUCAUGUUUGUCAACACACUUCGUUUACCACUGGGCCACAUCUUUGGGUGCUAAUACCACCUUUUAUACAAGGGAAGUACAAUAUGUAACUCCCAUGGUUUUUGUUCCUUGUUGCUACACUUAUUUUAUACAUUGCUAUUUUGUUGUUUCUUUUUCUUUCUUAUUUCCUGAGUUGGUUACAUUUCUUUGAGCUGAAGGUCUAUCCGAAACAGCAUCUACCCCAUAAAGGUAGAGGUAAGGUCUUCGUACAUCCUAUCUUUCCCAGGCCCCACCUGUGGGAUUACAUAGGGUAUGUUGUUGUUGUUAUGGUUUUUGUUCCUUGGACACCAAACCAUGUAGGUUACUAUGAAGUGUUUGGGAUAUGAAAGAUAUUGACCAUAAAACGCACAAAAAAAUAGUUUUUUUGAUACGUUAAAAUUGACAAAUAAAAAUAAAAGUUUAUUUUUAAAAUAUUGGAGAAAUAAACGGAGAGAGUACUAGUAAUAAAAAUACUACAAAGUUACUAUGAAGUGUUUGGGGCUUUAUAGAUUAGUUGGAAAGAUUAAGUACUGUGGAGGUAGUCUAUCAAUCAUCUGCAACUGAAAAGGAAAAAAAGUGGCUUAUUCUGUUUGGUGUUUUGAUGAAAAAAAUUCCAUGAACUUCAGUGGCAAAAAGCCAAAAACUCACUUAGAAACCUGAACAGUUAUUUGUGGCCAUUUUUAUUUGGGUUCUUUUGGUGUAGCUAUAAUGUUAUUUCAUAAGUGCUGUUUACCAAGAUCACAAAAUGAUGACAAUAUCAUUUUUACUUAUAGGAUCGACCACUAUCUGCCCUCAAAUGUCUGUUUUAAAAGCUGUAUGCUUUUUUAAGUUGGGUUCGUGUUUUCUCUUAGUACUUUCUACCUUUUGAUACGGCAUAUUGCAGUUGAGCCUGGAUGAUUUUCGCAAGAUUGUGGUCAGAUGUAAUAUGAUACAAGGUUCUCAAGAUGCUCGUUAAUGAUGCAUCCAAAGAGCACUUAAAUCUUCUUAAGAAAUAGAGGACUUUAUGUCAUAUUGGACAUGACUGACUUAGACUUCAUGCUACUGACAGCGAGAAGGGAAAUUGUAACUAAGAAGUUGACACCGUGAAAUAGAAGGUACUCAGAAUCUCGCACAAGAUAAAUUGACACUUGCAACGGGUUCAAAUAAUGGUUUUCGAGCUUGGAUUCAGAAGAAAAGUGAUAUAAUGGCUUUUGUUAAGAAUGGAAAGAAAAGAAGGGUAGUCUAUUUUUAUAUGUAUAUAUUAGUACAGUAGUUAGUUUUUUCACUUCUUCCAGCUAGCAUGUUUUCUUCAAGAAGAUGAUCCACUGGAUAUUGGAAUGGGAUGACCUCACAUUAACUUUCUGUUCAUAGAUGAUCAUAUCCUCCAUUAAUUGUAUGUAACCAGUGAUUCUUGUUUGGUUAUCCUUCUUGAGAGAGGAGUUUUGCUCAUUCUUCUA